UUCGUCGUCGUCGGAUGACCUCUUGGGAUCGCGUUCGGACGUAUGGGAUAUGUGCUGGGAUCAUUUCUCGCAUCGGGGGUAGUCCACAACAUCGUGGUAGUCAUGUUCAAUCAAGAUGUCCAAUGGUGGUGCAUGCUCCUCGCGUUCAGGAUGAUGGCCGUUGGUGUUCUCCUUGAGCACAUGUUCACGCGGAUGACGGGGAAGGAAGCGGGUGGGUGGAUUGGGAGAGUAUUGUCGAUGGCUUGGUUAUUGGCGUGGGGAUGUAUCAUGGUGGAUGGGUUCGCGCGAGCG